AUGCUUAACAAUUGGCCUAGACUUCUAAUGUUUAUCUGGGAUCAGUCACAUAGCAUCUCAGUGGAUCGAAUCCAUAUAGAAAUUCAACCACUUCCAAGCACCAUCGAUAUCCACAACAAUCGUUUGAUCAAUUCCCCGAUGGAUUUCGAGAAAUUUUUCGGAUUAGUCACCGUCUCAGCCUGUAAUUUUUCCACCACUGACAACGUCACCUAUCAUUGGCAGCAAUUCUUCGACGGGACCCGACUGCACGCGUUUCAAACGAGCGCCUGUCAUACGACAGUACAAUGUGUCGAAAAAGGCUCAUACAUCAUCCAGGUGUCGGUGACGACUUCAAAAGGUGAAUUACUCAGCGUAGGGACCGGAAACUUUAUGUCUAGCCCACAAUGGAUGGCCGUCAUUGGUGACUCGUUCGCUUCCGGUGAAGGGAAUCCAGAAAUCCCGCAGAGUGGUGACACCAGAGCAAAAUGGAUAGACAGAAAAUGUCAUCGAUCCGGAAAAUCAUUCGCGGCACAUGUGUUCAGUGAGAUGCAGAAAAUGAAUCCGCAGCUGUAUCUAACCUUUCUUGCUUGUGCUGGAGCCAGUGUAGAGAACGGGAUUUUGAAGGCAAAAGGUCGAAGCAGUCAGUUAGCGACGUUGGAAAGCAUAGCAACUAUGAGGAUUAAUAUGAUAUAA